AUGUCAAGCCAGGCGCCCUCUACCCCAGUCAAGGUGCCGACCUCGGCCGCAAACCACUCAGCAGCGACUCUAGACCCCGAGCUCCGCUCACAGAUCAACACAUUAUUACUCAAGGAAGGCCACGUCACAAAAAUCCAAGAACACCUCCUCCACAGCCUCCACGCAAACCAGGCAAACUGGCCAACUCUCAUCCAAAACCAUGCUCUCAACCUGCUCCGCACCGGCGAGGUAACGACCUUCCCCGCCCUGCUCCGUCGCGUCCUGGACGACGUCCGCCAGGACACCCUCAACCCGCCCGCGCCAUCGACCGCCUCGCCCUCUACAGCCAAGACCAACGGCACGACCGACAAGGAUAAGAAGACUAACGGCGCUUCGUCAACCCCGACGCCCGCCCCCGGCGCAGCGGCAGCGGCAGAGCCUCCCAGCCUCGCCAUCCCGGCUGCCGUCGUUGAGGAGGCCGUCAAGGUGACGCGCGAGAGCUUAGAGGCGGUUUGCGAGAUUGACGAUGCGAGCGGAAGCUGA